AUGGGACAUAUGGCUAGCUUCUGGUAUGAUUACUGGACGCCAAUGGGACCUCUCAUUAAGUUCCUAGGUUUCAGAGGCCCUCUUGACUUGGGGAUCCCUAUCCACUCAUCGGUUGCAGAGGCUUGUACUCCAAACGGUUGGAAAUUCCGCCAUGCUCGAUCUCCUGCGGCAGAGCUCCAGAUUCAUCUAUGUAUGGUACCCCUUCCCUCUACGGUUAUUAACUCCGAUGCCUAUGUGUGGGAAGUAGAUGGUGAACCUCUGGAUGAUUACUCGGCCAAGUCAACUUGGGAAUCUAUUCGCAAUCGUAGAGAUCCUCAAUCCUGGACAGAAAAUGUUUGGUUUAAAGGAGCAAUCCCAAGCCAUGCUUUUAUGAUGUGGAUGACCCAUUUAGAUCGCCUUCCUACAAGAUCUCGUAUUGCAAUUUGGGCUGUAAACAUAGUGGACUCCUGCUGUGUUUGCAAUGUUUACAUGGAAUCAAGAGAUCACCUAUUCUUGCGUUGUGCCUUCAGUGAAAGCAUUUGGCUGCUGGUCCUAAAACGAUUAGGGUACAGACCUGUCAGGUUUCAUACUUGGACUGCUCUUAUGGAUUGGAUGGGUUUAAAGGACACUACAUGA